AUUGUCAAUUGUCACCUUUUAAUUGCUGAGAAUUACAUUUUCCUCAUUAUCAUUAGAUUUUGAUUUCUUUUAAGUGAUUAAUUGUUCCCUGUGCAUGUUGAUUAAAACAAAUCAUCAAUUGUCUCUUGAAAAACGAAUCCAGGUAAUUAGAUUUGAUUUGAUUUCCAAUUUUCCCAAUCAUUUAUAACUUUCAAUCUCUUUGUAUGUUAACCAUUGGACUAGAAAACAAGAAAAAAAAGGAAAAUAAUUAAUGUCAAUUUUUUGGUUAAGACAAAAUUAAUUAAUUAGUUAAUUGGUAGAGAUUUAGUUUCUCUCGUUUUUUACCUGAUUGUAUAUCGAGAGACAGUUUCGAGUUAAUUGUCAAUGAAAAAUGAGACAAUUUGAUAAAUUGCUGCUGAUGUAAAUUCUGUAAUUUCUCUCCCAUAAACACCGAGAUUGGAUAAUAAAUUGUCAUUCAUUAACUAAAUUACCACAAAUAGUCACAAAUUGUCAGUGAUAAUCAACAAUUAUCAUUGAAGAAUUGGAAGGAAAAAAAACUAAUCCAAAUCGAGGAUAAUUGUUGCAACUUCUUGUCCCAUCAUCGUUGAUCCAGUUUCUUAAUUAUAUUGAAACAUGAAAAUCUCAACAAUUAUCCCUUUAACUUGUAUUGCUUUGGGGUUGAUGUUUAAUUUUGCCCAUUGUGCCGGCGAGUGGAACUAUGAAGACGACGAUUCCAAGGGUAUUUUCCGUUGGGGUGUAGCUUAUCCAGAGUGUGAUGGUAGAGCUCAAUCACCAAUCGAUAUCGAAACAUCAAGAGUCCGAAUUAAUCGUGAUUUAAUCCUCAAUAUCGGCGGAUUAGAUGCUCCUCAUGAAACUUGGAUUAAAAACAAUGGACACACAGCUCAGCUCGCUUUACUUGAUUCUCCAAAACCUAAUUUAACUGGAACUGUUGUUGAUGAUAAAAUCUAUGAAUUCGCUCAGCUUCAUUUCCAUUGGGGUGAAUCCUCAGAUCGAGGAUCUGAACAUUCAAUUGAUUCAGUCUUCUAUCCGGCUGAGAUGCACAUGGUUUUCUAUCGUAAACAAUAUGGUGACAUUGAAACUGCGAUGAAAUAUAAAGAUGGAUUAGCAGUUGUCGGUGUAUUUUUAUCGAGCUCCAAGAGAAAUAAUCCAAAUUAUGAUCCAUUGAUUUAUGCUGUUCGCCAAUCACCCGAGUUCAAAGCUAAAUCUUUCUUACCGACAGAAAUUACAAUUAACCAAUUGUUACCUCGAAAUACUCAAAAAUUUUACCGUUACUCUGGUUCAUUGACGACACCUCCUUGUGAUGAGAUUGUCACUUGGAUUUUAUUGGCCGAUCCAGUUGAGAUCGGGGAACAACAAUUAGCCGUUUUCCGUGAAGAGAGGACUUAUUAUGUAUCAAUGAGAUGAAGUAAUCGACUUGAUCAUAAUUAUCGUUAUCAGGCCCCUCGAAAUGGUCGAAUCAUUGAAGCUUCGUUCAAUCCAACAAUCGCUUAUUCGUCGCCAGUUCCAUCGUCAAUCUCCUCGCCGGUUCCAUCGCCAAUAUCGAAUCCACUUAAUGUCCAACCUUCCAUUCCUUUCGUGAAAAAUGUCGUCUUUUUCCCUCGUUAUUGAUAAAUUAUCCAAUUGAAAAAUUCUAAUCAUUAUGUAUUAUUUAAUUAAUCGAACAUUAAAUUAACGUCAAUUAUAAGAUAAACUGAA